AUGGCUGGGGCCAUGUGGUCUUCUGAGAGCGGGGGACGGCAGGCGUUGUUCAAGGAAAGGGGAGCAAAUCACGCGCGGGCAGGUCCUCGCUGCCGUUCUGAUUGCAAACCGUCCACGACGGUAGUGGGAAUCAGCGGAGCUUGCCGCAAAAACGUCACUUCCAACGAUCGGAAACGCGAAUUGGACUUGACGGUGGAUUACAGCGACAAGGAAAAUGCAUGCAGCAAUGUAGGGUGCGGUGAAACCUCCACGCCAAUCUCCAGAAGCAGUAGCAGCAGCUGCAAUAGCAACGGCAGCAGGCCGCCGAAGCUUCAGCGACGGCUCAGUAGCAGGGUAUCUGCUGCGCAUAGCCUAUCUAGUGCUCAUCCUGCACGAUACAGGAAAACAGAUGAUUCAGGGGGCGAUGCCCCUAAGGUACACCGUGAGUUGCGGGGCCUCAUUCUUGAAACGCCUUUAAAGAGCCGCCGAAUGUCUGCAUAUUUCCCGGACUGGAGCCUCAAUCAAAAGUUGGAUUUGCUACUCAAGAUGGGGAUUGUAGCCACGACCAAGGUAAACGAGAGUGAGGAAGUUCAUACUCUCAGCAUCUGUGGUCAGUUCGCAGAAGAGAAUCAUUUGGCCAUGCUGCAGGACAGUGACAGGGUUUCCUACUACAGAAAGGCGAUGAACUGGACAGGCGAAGCGAAGAGUGGCGGCAAGAAGCUCGUAGAAGGCCGUCGCGUUCUUGAAAUAGGCACAGGCCCUAUAUGCUUGCUAUCCAUAAACGCAGUAAAUGCAGGCGCCCAGCACGUUGUCGCUCUGGAGGCCUCCAGGCCUUCCCACUGCCGUGCAAAAAAGUUCGUUGAGGCCAUAGGCAUGAGCCACAAGAUCGACAUACUGCACGGAUACUCGAAGCGUGUCCCUGCUGCCCUGUUCAAAAAUCCAGAAGUUGUGAUACACGAAAUUAUUGGCGACUUUGCUUCACAAGAGGGGGUCGCAGAUGCGCUCCUCGAUGUGCAAGAACGGACAGGUUCUAUUCCACUGAGCAUUCCAUUUGGUGCCGAAACGCUCAUUUGCCCUGCCAGCUUGCCGGAACCGGAGCACUUUCUCUAUCCUGCUCACUCGUACGAAGGCCGAAGUAUACUUUCUCCGCGUCGUAUUCUGUUACAGUCUGUCCGGCUGAACACAAGUCAUUUGCUGCUUUGCGAAGAUUUCCAGGCAUUUGAGACGCUCAAAUUUCAGGAUCCUAUGAAAGACCAGAUGGAACAGAGAAGAGUACUGAACUUCGUCAUCAGCAGACCUGGUUGUAUGGCUGGUCUGCUCGCUGUUAUCAAAAUUGAAAUUUACCCGGGUGUGUUUUUCGGGACGUUCCGGAAUGGGGAGACGGACUCGUGGUACACGUCAUUGGUGCUGCUGCCGGAGGAGGUGAAAGUGGAGCCCGGAGAUACCAUUUGUGUAGAAUCUUGCGCAGACAUGCGGAAUUAUUCCAAAGUGCGCAGCUCCAAGCAGCCUCAGAAGUCGGGCUCUAAGACGGACUCACGCCCUGUUCUUGUCUCCAAGCCCACGUACUCGUUCACUGUCACAGUGUUCAAACCGUCUUUCAGCUUCCGCAGACCCUUUAAAAGUUUUUCGCCUAUUAUUGUUCCCUUCGAGGAGCAGGCGCCAGUCCUUUGUGGCGCUACCCGCAGGUACGCAGACAAACGGUAG